ACCAAAGAUCAGCGAGAGAAAGAAAAAAGUUAAGGCCGAUCGACGUUGAGGAGAUGGCGCUUACGCCUGCAGUUUGCUCUGUCAAUGAUGUUCAGGGGCUGCGAAAUGAUCGUACCUUCUUCCACCCAAGUCUGUGGGGUGAUUUUUUCCUGACAUACCAGCCGCCAACUGCACCUAAGCGUGCAUACAUGACUGAAAGGGCUGAAGUGUUAAAAGAAGAAGUUAGGAAGAUGUUGAAGGGUGCAAAUGAAAUACCAAAAAUAUUAGAUCUAAUAAUCACACUAGAGCGGCUAGGACUGGAUAACCACUAUGAGAAUGAGAUGGAAGAGCAGUUGCGCUUUGUGUACGAUUCUGAUUACAAUGACAGGGAUCUGAAUUUAGUCUCACUGCGAUUUUAUCUCCUGCGCAAAAAUGGUUAUGAUGUGCCGUCUGAUGUCUUCGAAAGUUUCAAAGAUAAGGAAGGAAAUUUUGUUGCAGAUGAUACAAAAAGUCUCUUGAGCUUAUAUAAUGCAGCACACCUUAGGACUCAUGGGGAGGAAGUACUUGAUGAAGCCAUUAUAUUCACUAGAAGCCAACUAGAAGCUGUAUUAGAUUCUUUGGGAUCAACAUUAGCAGAUGAAGUAUCCCUUGCCCUUCAAACACCUCUCUUCCGAAGGAUUAGAAUAUUGGAAACAAGAAACUAUAUCCCAAUGUACGAAAAGGAGGCAGCACGAAACGAAGUCAUAUUAGAGUUUGCAAAAUUGAAUUUUAACCUUCUUCAACUUCUUUACUGUGAGGAGUUAAAAACCGUCACACUGUGGUGGAAGCAGCUUAAUGCAGAGGCAAACUGUAGUUUUAUUCGAGAUAGAAUAGUGGAAAUGCAUUUCUGGAUGACAGGAGCAUGCUCUGAGGCACAGUAUUCUCUUUCACGAGUUAUAACAACAAAGAUGACAGCUUAUAUCACCAUACUAGAUGAUAUAAUGGAUACCUACAGUACAACUGAGGAGGCCAUGCUGCUUGCCGAAGCAAUAUACAGAUGCGAAGAGAACGCAGCAGAACUACUUCCAGAGUACAUGAAGAAUUUCUACUUUCACUUGUUGAAGACAUUUGAUUCGUUUGAGAAUGAACUAGGACCAAAUAAAAGCUUCCGAGUGUUUUAUCUCAAAGAAUUGUUAAAGAUCUUGGUCCGAGGAGGCUCUCAAGAGGUAAAAUGGCGUGACGAACAUUAUGUUCCAAAAACAAUCAAUGAACAUUUAGAAAUGUCAAGAGCAACCGUUGGAGGUUUCCAAGUGGCAUGUUCUUCAUUUAUUGGGAUGGGUGACAUCAUAACAAAGGAAAUUCUCGACUGGCUUUUGACAUAUCCAGAACUUCUCAAGUGUUUCUCAACGAUUGCACGACUGGCCAAUGAUAUUAAAUCAACAGAGCGCGAGCAAAUUAGGGCCCACCAUGCAUCUACUGUACAAUGUUAUAUGUUGGAGCAUAGUACAACAAUGUGUGAUGCAUGCGAGAAGAUAAAAGAGUUAAUUGAAGACAAAUGGAAGGAUAUGAUGAAACUAUCGCUUAGACCAACAGAACAGCCAAAGCUCAUCGCCAAGAAAGUUGUUGAUUUUGCAAGGACUGCAGACUACAUUUACAAGGAAACAGAUGCAUUCACCUUUUCCCACACAAUUAAAGAUAUGAUAGCAAUGCUCUAUGUGGAACCAGCGUGAUUCUAAACACCAAAAAACUAAAGUGGAAACACCCUUUUCCCAUCUAUUAUACUCCAAUUAAUCCAUUCAGUUAGGUUGUAUUAAAUAAAGUGGCUAGCUACCACAGGCUUGUGUUUACCAAAUUAUAGAAGUCAAGUAUUUAAAGUAGAGUAAGAAUGUUGUAAUGGUUAAAGUACGAAACAUGUUAUGAGGUAAUCACAUGUAUUGUGUUACCCUGUCAAGUAACAUUACGCACAUUUUUAUAUGUCUCUUUGUUUUCAAUCCUUGUUACAAUUUUUUACUGAGUGGUGCAAAAAAUAUGAUCCAAUGGAAGAUGUGC